GAAAACCUCUCAUGUGCCCACGAGUCCACGACAGCACGGCCACUAACCCGGCUCCGUCCCCUCCCGAGCGCCACCUCGUCCGCCACUCCACUCAACUCACCGGCCGUCGUCGCCACCGCUGGCCCGCACCACGGCGGCACAACUGGAGCGAGCGGCUCAAACGAGGCGGGGCGCGCGCUUAAAAUAGCCCGGCACGGCACGUACCGCCCCCGCGCGCCCGCGCAGGCACCACCCGCUCCUGGCCUCUCUCUCCCGGCUUGUGUUGUAGCUGGUGGUGCUUCUGCUGUCUCCGUUCUUGGCGUCUGGUUGCAAGAUCCCCGGCCCCUUUUUCUCUCUACCGCGACCGGGAGGCGGUGGAGGGGAAAGGCCGGCCGGCGGGCGGGCGGGAUGAUGAAGCUGCGGUGGUGGCGCGCCGACGCGUCGGAGGUGAUGGCGGUUACGGCCAUGGGCGUGUGGGAGGCAGUGCUCGCCGGCGGCGGGAGGAGGUUCAUCAAGCGCAAGGACAGCGACGCCGGCGAGACAGGCCGGGCACUAGAGGAGUUGCGGAGCUCCUUGUACAAUGAAAUGCAUAGUUCAGAAAUCGCGAAGCGCCAGCAGCAGCGAUUCUGUGGACCAAGUGUUGCGUUGACAUUCAAUUUCGCUGUUGCCGUUGGGAUCAUCAUGGCAAACAAAAUGGUGAUGGGGAGUGUUGGAUUUAAGUUCCCAAUUGCGCUUUCAUUAAUUCAUUAUGCGGUUGCAUUUCUUCUAAUGGCCACUCUUAAGACAUUCUCCUUGUUACCGGUUGCCCCGCCUUUGAAAUCCACUCCUUUCUCAUCUAUAUUUGCUUUGGGUGCUGUAAUGUCCCUCUCCACCGGGCUAGCUAACGUGAGCUUGAAACAUAAUAGUGUAGGUUUCUAUCAAAUGGCUAAGAUUGCUGUAACCCCAACAAUUGUUGUAGCAGAAUUCAUGCUUUUCCAGAAGAAGGUUUCCACUCAGAAGGCUAUGACACUGGCAGUUGUAUCAUUUGGAGUGGCUAUAGCAACGGUUACCGAUUUAGAGUUCAACUUUUUUGGUGCCUGUGUAGCAUUAGCAUGGAUUGUCCCUAGUGCUGUGAAUAAAAUCCUUUGGUCUAGUUUGCAACAAAGUGGAAAUUGGACCGCACUUGCGCUGAUGUGGAAGACUACUCCAAUUACGAUAUUUUUCUUACUGACAUUGAUGCCUUUGCUGGAUCCCCCGGGCUUGUUGUUGUUCAGUUGGAACUUCAGAAACAGUUGUGCUAUAAUCAUCUCUGCUUUGUUUGGUUUCCUUCUUCAGUGGUCUGGCGCUUUGGCACUCGGCGCGACGUCAGCUUUGUCUCACGUUGUGCUGGGCCAGUUCAAGACCAUCGUCAUCGUGCUCUCCGGUUACCUGAUCUUCGGCUCCGACCCUGGGAUCACCAGCAUUUGCGGAGCCGUGGUUGCGCUCGGCGGCAUGUCGUUCUACACCUACCUGGGUCUGAAGAAAGACUCAGCGACCAGCGGCAAGAAAGCGCCGUCGAGACAGAACUCCUUCAUGUCGAAGCCCAAAACCGCUGCAGACAAUGACAAUGCGGAUUCAGAUAAAGAAGGUACCGUGUAGGGUGGGAAACUGUCAUCUAGGUGAUUUCGUCAGUGUCCCUGAUCUGUGCUCGGUUAAAGUUCGGCUUGUUGUAAUUGUCGGUGACUGUAUCCAUUGUACAUAGAAGCCAAACAUGUAGGAUCAUUCUUGAAGGUUUACGGAUUGUCUACUACAUUAGUGACAAUUAGGUUGGGUUA